CAUUAGUUUAUACAUAGCUUAAAUUUUAUAUGCUUGCAGCCACACACAUAUAUCUUUAAAUCAAUCCCUCUUCCUCAUCGUCUCUGACUCUCAGGAUUCAGAAUCAACCCCACCCACCUCAUUACAAGAUCAUAGAGAUCAUCUCUCUCUCUAGCUAUCUCCUUUCAAGAUGAAGAACAACAACAGUAACACAAAGCUAAUACUCGUCCACCCUUAUAUCCAAAAACAAGGAGGCUCCAAUCGUCUAUGGCUUCUAGCCUUUGUUUCCUUCUUCACGCUUGCUUUCCUCCUCACCCUCAUCUACACCAGAGAAUCUACAUCCACCUCUGCCACCUCUACAGCCGCCGCAGCCACCGUCGUUUCCUCCGGCUUGGGCGGAUUGUCGACCACUGUCAUUAACACCCUCCUCUACUACGCCUCAACAUCCAAUAACACAUUCCACAUGUCCCACGCCGAGCUCAAGCAAAUCUCCGAUGUACUUCGAAAGUGCUCGUCCCCAUGCAACUUCCUCGUAUUCGGCCUCACCCCAGAGACUCUCCUCUGGAAAGCCCUCAACCACAACGGCCGGACCGUGUUCAUCGACGAGAACCGCUACUACGCCGCGUACAUAGAAGAGAAACACCCAGAAAUCGACGCGUACGACGUGCAGUACACGACGAAACUGAAGGAGCUGCACGAGCUCGUGGCGUCAACCAAGAAACAGAUACGAAACGAGUGCCGACCGGUGCAGAACCUGUUGUUCUCGGAGUGUAAGCUCGGGCUCAAUGAUCUUCCCAACCAUGUGUAUGAGGUGGACUGGGAUGUAAUAUUGGUGGACGGACCGCGCGGGGAGUGGCCGGAUGCUCCGGGUCGGAUGUCACCCAUAUUCACCGCCGGCGUGCUUGCGAGGAGCAAGAAAACGGGUGUGAAUGCUAAGACCCAUGUGUUUGUGCAUGACUUCUAUGGAGAGGUAGAGAGGGUUUGUGGGGAUGAGUUUUUGUGCAGAGAGAAUUUGGUUGAGGCAAGUGACACUCUUGGGCAUUAUGUUCUUGAGAGAAUGGAUGCGAAUAGCUUUCAGUUCUGUCGCAACAAUACAUCAUCGAAAGCUUCUUCAUCCUCCUAGCUAUUUGGAUUGUUGAUCUUCUUCGUAAUCAGCUUAGUCCCGGUGGAUCAAUGGCAUAAAGUGGUAAAAGGUGGCUAUUUAUUAUCAUUUCGGUUUUUUUUUCUCUUUCGAAACUUGUACGUUUCUUGGGUGGGUAAUGUAUAAAAUAAUUUUUUUUGGCA